UGGAUCAUGGAACUGGUAUCCAUACUUCUGGAAACAAGACUUUGGAAUUGCAAAUACUUAAAAAAUAGGAAUCCCAACGAUGAAAACAACAAAAACCCCAAUUCCGCUGAACAAAAUGGCAUCGUCAACAUCUCUCAAGGCUGAAAUUGCUGGAUAUGAUUUACGCAUCAGUUAUGGUGCAGUAAAUGCUGUAUAAGUCUCAUUUCGACGUACAGUACGAGUCCCCGAUAAUGGAAUUGAGUACCUUUUACUUCCUGAUCUUGGGAAGAUACCUUUGUACUCUAUCAAGAAGUAUGCUUCAAAACUGUCGAGUGAUAUAGUUGCAAAAGGGGGUGCAUUCAUUCCAAUUCGUCGUUUUUAUUCCUUCCACAUAGCCCAGUUAACUCUUUGUCCCAAUGAUUUACUCAGGAAGCGAAGCAUUCUGGCUUAAUUUUCACUCACAUAGUGCACAUCCCUUUGCUAUCAAGGUGAGAUUUGGGAACGAAUAUUGGAUUCCACUGUGGCGAAGAGAUAUGACGGUUUAGAUGGAUUCCGGUUUUCGAGAGUACUGAGAAUAGGAGUAAAGCGGAAAUUGAACAUGGAGCCAUGGAGUUGAAUGAGGUGGAUAGAAAAAGUGAUUUUAAUCCUCGGGGUUACUUAGAGCUGCUGUGAAAGCUAGGAAUGAACUAGGCUC